AUGAAAUCUACAUUAUUAUUUCAAAAUGAAAAUCGAAAGCGAAUAAAUACUAAAACAUCUUCAUCAUCAUUUUGGAUUCAUAAAGAUAAUAUUUGUUAUGCAAUUACAUCAUUAUAUCUUCUUCGAACUUGUUCAAUUUCAGCACCAAAUCUAUGGACUAUGAUAUUUAAAUCAUCUUCAAUUUAUUUUACUGAACUAACUUUUUGGUUAUCAAAUAUUGGUUUUAAUUGGCUUCUCUAUAAAAGCAUUUAUCUAUCAAAAUUUCCAAUUGAAAAACGUUUAACAUAUUCAUUAUUUCUAUCAACCAUAUUCAAUUUUGGUUCACUGAUAAUUAUCAAUAAUAUUAAUCAUUUCUUUGGUCGAAUUGAAUCAUUAAGACUUAUAUCCAGUUUAACCUUAUCAAGUUGUUUAUUAUCGAUUGGUUAUACUUUUUUAGACGAUCUUAAUAAUAAUAAUAAUACUUCUAACGAUAAAUAA